AUGAGUCAUUCAAGUCUAUUGCGCAUCCUACAAGAGCAACAUGAGAAUACAGUUCAAUUCGGAAGCAUUAAACUUAACUCUCUUGCAUCAACUACUCCAAUUCACGAGAUUAUAGAGGCCAUUCAUGAGUACUUGUUGUCAAUGCAACCACCAAUACAGCUCGAAAAACUUUCUUUACAAAGCAACAACAUUGACAGCAUUCCUCCAAACAUUCAUAAGAUCUCUAAAAAUUUGAAAUAUUUGGAUCUACAUAACAACAAUAUUCAUCACAUCUUCGAUGAUGUGUUUGACUCUUAUUUUCCGGCAUUAGAGGCACUUGAUCUUUCAUCAAACAAACUAACUGUUUUACCAGAAUCUGUGGCACGAUUACAAACUCUCAAAGCGCUUUCGGUCAAAAACAAUCUCAUCAAAUAUGUUCUUCCAAGCUUGGGUGCAAUGAAAAAUUUAAAUCUAAUCGAGUUGGCUGAAAACCCAUUGGUGAUGCCCUCAAUGGAAAAAAUUCAAAAAUUAAAACUGCAAACACUGGACCUAGAAUGGGUUGGAGAAUUAAAAACCUAUUUACGAGCAAAUUUUGUCACCAUUUCUCAGAAAAUUGAUGAUUUAAAAGAGUAUCAGAAUCAUCAACAUCAGGAUUUUAGUCAACAUAAUCGAACACAAUUUCUGCCGCAGCAACUUCUGCAGUCGUCGCAUCCACCAUCACAUCCGCCACCAAUGCAUCAGCAACCUGUAAGAUUAGAGGAUAUACGCCAUCAUCCUCAGGCGCAUUCAAUGACAAGUAUUCCAACAAGAUCUCAUAGUAUUAGUGAUUCUUAUAAAACCAGUAAGCUGACAAAAGCAUCCAAGAGGAUGGGAUUAAUCAUCAAAAAACCAGAUGAAGUUGACGCAAACGAUGACCAAACAACCGAAUCGGAUACUGCUGAGAAUAUUAGUAUUGAUAAGCAACCAACGGCAACAACCUCUACGGAAUCUAUUGCAACAUCACAGGCAUUUGCACCCGGACAACCACCUCCAUCGAAAUCAGCUAAAGCUCGACUGCAUCUCAAUUUGUCUGACUUGGCAUCUUCAACAAUUGAAUCACUCUCGAUGAGCCCACCACCUCCAAGUGCAUCUGUACCUCAUCUUCCAAGUCUUGUUUCGGCUCCAAACUCAACAAAGACUUCUCCAUCAAACACAUUGAACAUGGCAAGACCAAAGCCUGUUCUAAGUGCCUCACACCAAACUUCACUCAGAGCAAGAUCAAAUACAUUUAAGGAAAUUGACCAAAUUUUAGAAAAGAGUGAAAUUGUCGAUACAGAACAUAAGUCUAACGCAUACUUCCGUCGCUUGUCCACACUUCAAGAGCAACCUGGAACAGCAAUUAACAAUGUUAACGAUAACAACCACCCUAGUAGUAACUGGACGGCGAACACGACUUCUUCUUCUACUACUACUACUACUACUAAUACAACAACAACAGCGACAACGGUUCCAAAUAAUGCAAACUCCACAACUUCCGCUGUAGUGGCUGAGCCUGCAAAUGAGCGGAAAAUACAAGAGACAAGACCCCGCCGUCAAACACUUGACCCUGUAUCUCAAUACCAAGGGCAACCAUCGCAUACUUUGCAGAGCUCCCUCGUUUCUUCGAGGUCUCCUGCACCAGCAACUACUCUGGAUGGUUCACCGAUACGCACACCGCUAACCGCUUCCAAAAAGGCGUCUUGCGCCACAGUGGUUGCAGCAUCACGCAAAAUCCUUUUUGCAUUUACAGAAUUGCAUUCUUCAAUUAGACGAUUCACUGGCUUCUGUUCAAGUAAAAAGCUUGCUAUGAAGAUGGUUUCACUAUUGUAUGGUAUGAAGACUAACAUUGACACCUUGGUGGAAGAUCUUGAGCAAGGUGAGGAGUAUGCUAAUAAUGCUGAUCAAAUUACAGAGUCACUAAAAAAAAGUAUCACCACAUUCAAGGCCAUUAUGAAUCUAUUACGAGAAAACAUUGAUAAAUUUGUAAGUAAAAUCGAUGUCUGUUUUGUGCGCAUGUUAUAUCUAUCGGUUUAUGGUUCUUUUAAUGAACUACACAAUGCAUAUACUCUUCUCAUAUCAGCAAAUAAAACAACAACAAGGCCAGCUUUGCAAAAGCUUUCUACGACGGAGCAAAACCAAAAAUUGGCAAUGACAAACAAUGUUACUGCAUCUUUUGACGAGGUUGAUGAAAAAUUGUAUACUGCCAUUGAGCUUGCCAGCGAGAAUGCGCAAUCAAUCUUUUCGGGGCUCAUUGAAGAUGUUAAUAGAGGUGCAAAGGAACAUGCUGAAGUGGUUUCUCCCAUAGUUUCUACAAAAGUCAAAGAGCUUGCUAGUUUGUGUUCUUCUUCGUUGGACAUCAUUAGACGUCUUACUACGAAAUUAACAAGUAUCAGAGGUAAAGUACCCAACGCGAAUAAGAAAUCAUUUGCUGAGGAUGUGAACCAUUUCUUGAAAUCUAUUGUGCAAAUUUUGGCUACAGUGAAAACGAUUGUUGCCGAUUUACCCAUUCUCGAAGAUGUUCGUGCUUCCAUGUCCACAUUAACUAAAACAGCAAAAGAAGUGACGUACAUGCUUGAGAUCUCAUCGUAUAAGCCUUUGUUGAGUGAAUCUGCAUCUGCUAUGACGCAACAGCCGCAACAAGCACAACAGUUACAGCAGUUACAACAGUUACAGCAAUUACAACAACAACAAUUACAACAUCAUCAUCAACAACAGCAUCAACAGCAUCAACAACAUCAACAACAGCAGCAGCAGCAGUUGCCGGUACAUAUAUCAACGCAACCUCAGACUCACUUAAAUACAAGUACACCACAAGUUUUCACGCCAGUUGCUGCACAUGCUCCAGCACUUCCAUCUACAGCUACAUUCUCGAGCAAUGGUCCUGCAUUACCACGCGUCCAAGGUAAAGUGCAUCCCAACCUCACUAUCAGCACGACUCCAGAUCCUUUGCUUAUUAAUUUAGCUGGUAAUGGGCCGUUAACUGCACCGCCACAAUCUACAGGCCAAAUGUUUGCUCGUCACAAUAUGAAUCCUUUCGAUAAAUUGAUUCAAAGCAAGGAAGAGGAUGGACUUUGA